CUCAUUUUUCUCAUUCUAAUGUCUCAAUCAUUACCAAUUCAUGCAGAAUCGAGAAAACUGUUUGUUUUACAAUAAGUUAAUGAACUUGAAGCUCUCUUUCACAAAUGGAUUAGCUCUAACAACCUCAAUGAAGAAAAUACUCAAUCAUCUCAUAUAGAAGAAUAAUUGACUCAAAGUCAAACAGCAACUAAUAUUUCUCAUUUCUAAGGAUUCCUUACAUACUUACGUUCACUCAGCAUAGAUGAACUCGCUUGCCACACUAUAAAAUCUUUAUAACAACACUUUGAUUAUAUGCAAUAAGUCCUUGAGAAUGAAGUCAAACUCUAUCAAUAACGAUAAUUUCUCAAAGUCUAAGAAAAACAAAAUGAGAAGAAGGGUCAUAAGUUUUCUAAAAAAUCGAACUUAAUUCUAAAAAACUGGCUUUAUAAACAUUUCUCCUAUCCAUACCCAACUAAAGAAUAAACUUUAUAAUUAGCUGAAAAAUGUGAUUUAACAUAUAAACAGGUAUUAUUAACCUUAAAUUUAGAUACAAAUAUGGUUUAUAAAUGCAAGAGGAAGAAUUGCCAAUAAGACUUAUGAGGAGAAGAAAUUUAAAAAUAUUGUUAAAUACAAAUAUUUGUCAAUCAAUUAAGUCUAAUAAAAGCCAACAGAAUGAAUUAUUAUUAAUUAUUAAAAUAAUUAAUGAAAGUGCAUAAGUAAGCACCCUAAUUUACAGCAUCA